GAGCAGGUCAUGGAGAAGAAGAAUAAAGACAGCAAAAAGAAUCACAAAUGUCCGACAUGUGCAAAAUCCUUCCCCUCCAGAGCUCACCUAAAAGAGCAUGAAAUCAGCCACUCCAGCACACAGCAGUACCGGUGCAGCGUGUGUGGCCAGGGAUUCAAGAGGAAGAACGCUCUAAGUAAACACAUGCGCAUCUUCCACAGCAAUGGGCCUGGCAGUGUUGUGUGUUCAUGCGGGAAGGUGUUCGCCUCAAAGGAGCUGAUGGAGAAGCACAAGGAGAACAGUGGGCAACAUCGGCUGCUGGUGUGUGGGGAGUGUGGCGCCAUGUACAAGACCCAGGCCAACUUGGAGAGCCACAUUCUGCUGCACCAGGAGACUCGGGCAGGUGGCGACGCGUGGCCCCACACCUGUCACACCUGCCAGGAGAGGUUCAGCAGUCGAGCGUCCCUGAGAAACCACACCCGGGACACCCACAGCGCCAAUGUCUUCCCAUGUCCCGAGUGCAGCAAAACCUUCAGGACGCAGAAGCAGCUCCGCCUUCACUGCCUGCGCAGACACACCGCGGGUGACCGAGAGUUCCUGUGUCCUCUCUGCAGCAAGGCGUUCCAUGUCCUCAAGGAUCUUCGCCGCCACAUGCAGACUCACAACCCGGCUGGGACUCACGAGUGUCCCGCCUGCCACUCCAAGUUCAAGACGGAGUCGACGCUGCGCUCACACAUGAAGUCCAACUCGAAGGGGAAGCCGUAUGACUGCAGCAUUUGCCUCUUCCCGUGCUGCACCCUGGAGGCCCUCAGGGAACACUUGCUGGGCUGCCACAGUAUCCAGGACAUCGGGAGUGACUUCAGCACGACCUGGAACUCCAAGUGUCUGGUAUGUGGGCAGGUGUUCCUGAGGCGCUCGGUCCUGGCACAACACAUGAAGACACACUUUGGCCCCGAGGACACCCAGCUUGUGGUUCUGGAGGACACCGAGGUUGAUAUUGCUCAAAACUCUCUGUUCCAGCAGGACUUUACUGAGCCGGGGCAGGUAGGAGCCAGACAGACAAGGCUUGGCAGGGUGAAGGGCAAGGCUUCACCCCACCAUGAGAAGGCAACUCAGGCUGAACCCAAGGUGAUAAAGACGAGGAAAGAAUGUUUACCUGAAGAAGUGGAUGAAGGGACCAGAGAUAGCCAGACAGUAGUCACCCCAGCACAGACAGACACUACUAAUGAGACAUUCCCUGACACAGACAGUGACAGACAGACAGACUCAGGAAGCCAGGAGGAGGAGACUGAGAGCAAUGUGUGGGGAGAGAAGAGUGUGGGGGCCAUGGAGACCUCAGCCCCAGGGGUGGGUGGCGCGCCGGCUGCCUCGAGUAGCUGCAGCGUGGAGGGCGAGGAGACGCGGUACAUCUGUGAGGCGUGCUCCCUGGUGCUGACGGACAUGGAGGAGCUCAAGGUGCACCUCCUCACCUGCUACAAGGAGGACUCCAGCGACGAGUGCUUUGUGGUCUUUGAGGUGGACGAGGACAACAAGGUGCAGUAGCCGGACACGGACACGCUCCCACUAAGGUCACGGUGCCACACUAGAGAUAGGUCAUGUACUGCUGUCUACUGUAAUAUUUAUACUUUUUGAUGAAUCUAUUGGUAAAAGUUUCUAAUGUAAAUUCGUACUGAUAAAAGUCCCGGUUCGCAAAGUACAGCAGCUCCGCCAUGGUGUUGAGGAAGGAGUGGAAGAGCAGAUAGAACCACGACAACCAGACAAUGUGGUUCGGGAUCUGGAAGAGUGGUUGAUUGUGGUUACUAUUAAUUUAACUUUCUAAAACCACAAAAAGUACUUUAAUAAAUCUAUGCAAAGGGAAACAGUGGUUCUGAAAUAUAUGGUAUACAUUCCUUACAACUU